CUCCCGUUCCAAAAUAAUCGCGCUUUGUGCAUCCAAGAUGUCGGCGCCCAUGGAGGUCGUGGUAACUGCUGAUUCUGCGGGGCAGUUGUGGAACUGCGCUAUUUUUGAUCCUCACACCGGAACAAAUCUCUUAUCUUACCGAGGGGGGAAUUCAUCUGCUCGCUCGUUAACGGUUCUAAACGGUGAAUACAUCCUCGGAGCUCAAUUAGGCAAGAACUUCAUCAACGUGUGGGAGAUACAAAGGAAAGACCAACUGCAACAGAAAAUUGUGUGUCCUGGGAUUGUAACCUGCCUAACAGCCUCCCCUGAUGGUCUGUAUGUACUGGCAGGCAUCGCUGAGGCCAUUUAUCUGUGGGAGGUCUCAACAGGAAACCUGCUGGUUGUAUUGAAUCGACACUACCAGGACUUGAGCUGCCUGCGGUUCACUGAUGACUGCAGCCAUUUUGUGUCAGGAGGAAAGGACAAUCUAGCACUUGUAUGGAACCUUGCCAGUAUCAUACAGUUGGACUCAUCUCGCACUCCAGAGCCUCGCCAUGUGUUCUCACGUCACUCUCUACCCAUCACGGACAUCCACUGUGGGCUGAUGGGACCUCAGGCAAGAGUGGCCACUGCGUCUUUAGACCAGACUGUUAAGCUGUGGGAAAUUUCCUCCGGAGAGAUGCUUCUGUCAGUCCUCUUUGACGUCAGCAUCAUGUCCGUGACCCUAGAUCCCUGUGAGUACUUCCUGUUCUGUGGAGGAAGUGAUGGGAAUGUCUUUCAGGUGUCCCUCUGUAACACGGCUGUGAGCCGGGAUAAGACCUUCCAGUCAGAUGGUGAAGGCAAUCAGGUGUUCAAAGGCCACAGGAACCUAGUGACGUGCCUGUCUGUGUCCAUGGACGGUACGCUGCUGCUGUCAGGCUCGCAUGACGAGACUGUCAGGAUGUGGGACAUUCAGAGCAAGCAGUGUAUCCGCUGCAUCAACCACAAAGGUCAGGUGACCAACGCUGCUAUUAUCCCAGCUCCCGGAAACAUGUUCCUGCCCGACAGUCGGCCUGGCAUCCCAUUACCUCGCUUCAGCCGUCAUCUGAACAAUUCAGAGCAAGCUGAAGGAGCCGGAACCGGAGGAAUGUGUCUCAGGCUGGGUGCCAACUGCCAGGAGCCCGAGGAAACGUAUCUGGAGAAAGCAGACCGACUCCAUUCUCUUAUGUGCGCUGUUACAGACAAGAGCGUGUUCGGCGAUGGAGAGAACACCAAAAUACGUGUGUCAGAGUUGGAAGAAGAGGUGAAGACCCUGAAGAAAAUCAACAAAGAUUUGUACGAGUUUUCCACACAGCUCCUUACAAAACCUAAUUAAAAAUAUAGAAGGACCUUCAGGAAGUGACCUCACUUUACUCAAACAUGAGCUGGUCGUUAAUGACUUAAACUUCAGUCAAAUAUUCCAUGGUUUUGGACACACAGUGAUUUGCUCUUUUUUCCCCCCCUGAUAUGAGCUAUCUGAUAUUCUGGAAGCAUGUGUUUUUUUUUGUUUUUUUUUGUUUUUUUAAAUAAUUCUUCAAAUAAUUCUUCUUCUUCCCGUCCACACUUUUGUAUACUGUUUCUACAUUAUGAGACGAUGUGCAGAGCUGACCGUCAUGAACUCAAUAAAUCAUGGAGUAGAAUCCAUAAAUAAUGCAAAGCAAUCAUUUCACAUGAGCUCCGUUUUACUCUGAUUCUGUAAGCGGGAAAAAAAAGGGAUUUCCUCAUUGCUUUUAUACACUGAGGGGGAAAAAAGCUUGAUGAAUUUACUUCAUUCAGAUCCAUACAUCGGUUCCACGGGAGUAAAUUAAGGCAGGUUUAAACAGUUAGCUUUUAUACCUGAACAUGGUGUGAGCAUGUAUUUUUUUACAGAAGUCCUAAGAGGCCAUGCGUUUUUUAUAUCUUUAUAUAAAAUUUUCUUGUGAUCUCAACAUAUAAGACAUUAACAUUAUUUUCUCUGCAUAUGAUCUCUGCAUAUACCCUAUUUUUUUAAUAUGUAAUGGAUUAUUAAACCGUUAAGCCUUUAUUCUCAUAAAUACCGUCAGCUGUUCUAUAUUCAUUUUGUCGCACAUUUAUUCAAAAACGAUUGUGAUUUGUAUUCAUUUAAUGUUCUGUGAUGUAAGAGCUUGCGCACGCUCGCUUUCCUCUAUCAGCGCUAUUAUGCAUGUGAUUUAUCCCAUGAUGCUGCAUUACUGCACGUUUGCUGCAUCUCGAACAUGUUCUUGCGCAUAGAUCACAAGAGAGAUCAACUUUUAUGUGGAGAUCACGACAAAACAAAAGAAAAAAGAAAUAACGCAUGGACUCUUAGGGUUUCCGUAAAUUUCAAAGCCAUGAAUGAAAUCAAAAUCACACCUAAGUUCACACCUGAGCAGAGACACGGACCUACGAUGCUUCACCACUGCACCAUUUUGCCUCGUUUCGUUACAUAUGUUUAAUAUUAUAGCUGUAUGUUAUCGUUAUAAAGCAAUUCCCAUGAGUGGCAACAAGAUUUAAAGAUGGGGUAGACGAUGUUUGGAAACCAAUGUUGACAUUUGAAAUCACCAAAACAAACACACCUCUAACCCAAAUGGGUGUCACUACUGUUUUCAUAGCUCCACCCCACACAUACAUACAUAACUCAGGCAACUAUUAUGGCGGAACCUGCUGGGGCAGCUGGCCGAAGGGAUAUUUUUUUUUUAUCAAUAAAUGAACUCAAUUGCCCCUUUUCCACCGAGGCAGUUUGAGUGCUGGUUCGGAGCCUAAUUUAGAACCAGUUAUUUCUUUUUCGACAGCCAAAGCACCGGCUCUGAACCAGGAAAAGUGGUUCUUAAGUAGCACCAAAACGUUGCUGGUCUAGACUUAAGAACCACUUGUGUCAGGGUCUGUGGGCGGGGCUACCGUUAGCGCAUUUGAUAAUAUACCUUAAGUAUACUAAUGUUUAAUACACUUUUACUUUACCGCAAUAUGAUGCAUUAUCAGCACACAUGAUAGUAAGUAGCUACAUGCUAAGGCUAACUUUUUUCUGUGUUAAUGACAGUAAAGCAACAUCCGUCAUUGUUGAUGUGAUUGUGUUUGCCGCUGCUGCGCUAAAGUUGCUGGGACACGUAUACAGUGACGUCAGACUCGGCUCUGUGAUGGCUCUCUAGCUGGUGGAAAGGCAAACCGGUUCUUAGAAGGUUCGCCAGUGGAACCAACUUUGAACCAGCACCAGUGCUAGCUCUGAAACAGCACCCGGUUCUUUUUGGUGCAAAAGGGGCAAAUGAGUAAUUCUAUGGUAAUACAAAUGUGUUUUUGUAGUACUGUGUGUUGUACCGUGAAAGGUUUAGUUCCGUUUCAUGCGGAAGACGACGUUCAACACCUAGAACCCGAGGCAGAGGUAACGGCAGGUAUCCGCCAUGUCAAUGUUUCAGUCACUUUAUGCUAAUGUCAGACAUGCGCGCCGAACACUCUCUCCACCGCAUAUUGACAAGACACGCCCCUUUCUGCUCAUUGGCUACACGUUUGUUUUGUUAGUUGGCCCGACUCAGUUUUCUGAAGCAUUUUUCAAACAUUGUGCACCCCGUCUUUAAUCGAGAUCUAAUACGUUAUAUGUAACGUUAAUACUACUUUUUUCCUAGUAAAAACUAUCACAUCCACACAGUCUGGGUUGUUCUUGUUGGUUCUUUUUUUUUUUGCCAACAAAAUGCACUUAAAUUACAGGAAGAUUUUCAGAUUAAGUUUUUAAGAAGAAAUGAACAUACCUUUCUACAGGAAUGCAGAUGGUUUUCUCUUUGAUAGACAGCUCAAAAUUUACCACAGCGGGCUUAAAGCUCUGUAAACACCUUCCUGUGGAUUGUGGCUUAGAAAAAAAAGAAAUAAGGAUUUUCCUUGACAAGACGUGUCGUCUCGUCGUUCCUCUUCCACUUGUUAUUGCACUUUGUGACCCAUGCAAGCAAAUUUCAACCGUUUUCUCCUGAAGCUAGUAAAAGUACUCAAAGUUAAUCUCAUCCAACUUGGAUUUAUAUAAAAAAGAAAACUUUCUUAUUCAGCUAAAGAACUUGCUGCUGUUCCAAACAUAUGAAAGCAUUGGAUUUUUAUCUAGUUAACUCAUUUAGCCUUUGUGAUGUAGAUCUGAAAUUUCAAAUCUCAUCGACUUUAAGCAGGAUGUGAAGAAGGCUGAUAACCGGUGGCAGCACUCAUCACUUUCCUUUUGAAUUACACUCUUUCACCUGUUCUUGUUCACAGUGCAGGGAAUUGCUUUUGUGCACGUACACACACACACACACACACACACACACUAUGCGUUUAGGCAGCAGGAGUUUAUUGUAGAUUGACACUGUGUGAAAAUGGAAUAUUUUCAGUGAAGGAAAAUAAAACCCUUUUUUUCAGCUA